CCCAAUCCACCCCUCACCCGUAUGUAGACAAAAAAAAAAAAGAAUCCACAGAGAAAGGAUGCGGAAGAGUGCAAGAGGCGAUAGCGGAAGAAAGGACGCCGAAGAAACGCCGCUGGCACGCCGCCGGACGCCGACCUCCACCCUCCAGAUUUUAGCUUUCUCUUAAUACGGAGUAUUAAGAUGCAGAUCCAGAAGCCUUCAUUUUUCAAGAUCUUAUUGGGAGACUUCGCCACUGUUCUCCGUUUGCCGCUGCUGUUUGUGGAGGUUUACGGGGAGAGGCUUUCGCCGACGGUGUCACUCGCCACCGGCGCAUCGCCGGAGAAAUCAUGGGCGGUGAAGGUCGAGAAGAGCGGCGAUCAUUGGGUGUUGGGAGAUGGUUGGUCGGCUUUUGUGAAGGGGAACCGUUUGGAAGCAGGGGAUUUCGCUAUUUUCUGGAUGAUGGAUAAUUGGUCUACCUUCAAGGUCCGGCUCUAUGAUUGCACUUGCUGCGAUAAGCAACUUUCUUCCAGAUUCUUCUCCCCUGGUGGAUUUCCUGGUGAAUUGGAUGAAAGAUCAACCAAAAUUGAUGUUGAUGUGAAUGUGAAGGAAGAAAUCAAGACCGAAGAUGAAUUUGAAACGUCGUCGGAUGGCCCUUCCCUGGUCCACACUACCAACCUAAGCUUCACCGUCAUCCUUCCUGCCUACCAUGGUGAAGAAAUGGUUAAAAUGAUAAUGCCAAAGCGCUUCGUGGAAAAAACGGGGAUUGCAACAAAGAGAUAUAUACCCCUAAAGGAUGAGACGGGAAGGACAUGGCGGAUCGAAAUACAUAAGGAACAUGGCGAGUUUUUAAUGCAUGGGGAAUGGGCGGAUUUUUAUGCAGUCAACAGGCUAGCCAAGGGGUAUGUUUGUAGGUUUGAGCUUGUCGCCGGAAGUGGUGGUGAUCAACUUCUUCAGUUUCAUGUGAAGAAAAAAACACGAGGAAGACCCGGGGGCCGCAAGAUGAAGACUCGGAGUAGUUGCCAAGGCCUUGCUGCAGCCAAAAUGGUAAGUGCCUUUGUCGUUUGAUUAGCUUAGUAUUGAUGGUGUAUGGUUUUAGUAGAUGGACGGAUGGGUCAGCUUUUCACAAACUUGGUCUUUGACAAGUUGUAGUGUUUUCCCUAACUAACACAUAUAUAUUAGGGCUCUAUGCCAAAUGAAAAAAAGGGUCUCGU